CUGCACUACGGGACCCUGCUGGGCAGCAGAGCUUGUGCCACCAUGGCAGCAGCUGCCUGGGGUACUGGAAUUCUCUAUUCCCUGCUGCACACUGCCAAUACAUUUUCCCUGCCUCUGUGCCAAGGCAAUGCUGUGGAUCAGUUCUUCUGUGAAAUCCCCCAGAUCCUCAAGCUCUCUUGCUCACACUCCUAUCUCAAAGACAUUUGGAUUCUUGUGGUCAGUGCCUCUUUAGUAUCUGGGUGCUUUUCUUUCAUUCUUUUCUCCUAUGUGCAGAUCUUCAGGGCCGUGCUGAGGAUGCCCUCGGAGCAGGGACGGCACAAAGCCUUCUCCACAUGCCUACCUCACCUGGCUGUGGUCUCCCUUUUUGCUUGCAGUGGUACUUUUGCCUAUGUGAAGCCCCAGUCCCUAUCCUCCCAAUCCCUGGAUCUGACAGUAACAGUUCUGUAUUCAGUGUUUCCUCCAACAGUGAACCCUCUCAUCUACUGUGUUAGAAACAAGGAGCUCAUGUGUUCCGUUAGGAAAGUCAUUUCACAAUUGUUUAUGAACUGUGAUAAGUUCACUCUCUGUUCUUGCAGUUUUUAG